UGGCAACACAGUCGCCAUCGCCAACACUAAGCGUCUUUCUAGUGACAAGAUUUUUCCCUCCGUUUGGAAUUUCGGCACAACUCUGUUGUUCUACGAUUCUGUUACAAAUAUACUACUACUUUUCCAUAAUUGUUUACUACCCUAAGUUCAAAAUGCGGAAAGUGUCGAAGAAUCGGGCUGACGACGAUGUUGUAUCAUCUACUAAUGGAUCAGUGUUGAAUGAAGACCAAGUCGAUGCAAUCAAACCGACGGACAACGACGAAAGAGCGCAGGAUUCUGAUGAUAGUGGGGGUUAUGAUAAGAGCGACGAUGAGACGCUGAACUCUAAGUCGAGUUCUAAAAAGAGUAAGGGCAAGAAAGGCAGAAAAAGGAAGGCCGACAAAAAGGAGAAGAAACACCGGGAGGAGGACAACGAUGAAGAUGGCACCGAGGAAGAGUAUGAGGUGGAGAAAGUGAUUGAUUCGAAGAAGAUUAAGGGCAAAUUGCAUUAUCUGAUACGCUGGAAGGGAUACACUGCUGAAAGUGACACCUGGGAACCGGAAAACACACUGUCAUGCCCAGAAUUGAUCAAUAAGUUUAUUGAUGAAAAAGAAAAUUCUAAAACCAAGGAAAGCAAAAGCCCAGGUAGAAAAGUCAAUAAGAGAAAAGUUGCUAAAAAGGAGGCUAAAUCCAACAAAAGGCCUAAAACUGAGUGGGAUAGCCAGAACGCAGAUUCGGCUGCUGAAUACGAGGUAGAUCGCAUUCUGGAAGUACAUCACAAGAAGAAUGGCGAGAGAGAUUUUCUCAUUCACUGGAAAGGCUGGUCUAGUAAAUUUGAUUCCUGGGAACCAGAGAGCAACCUCAAUUGCUCAGAGUUAAUUAAGAAGUUUAUGGAUAAGGUGGAGUCGGCACGUUCAACAGAAUCGCGUAAUUUAAGAGUGGCUCCGGAAACCACAAACCGUUUUACAUUGCAGGCCCCAUCUUCAGGACGACGUCUUAGCAAGAGGCGCGGUCAGCAUCAAAGGGUUCGUUAUGAUGGAGCUGAAUAAAUAUUAAAAAUGCACAAAAACAAUUAAAUAAGGUUCUGUAAUACUUGUAUGUCAAGUCUAUGUGACAGCAAGUACCAAAAAAUUAUGUUGUGUUUUGUGGUAAUCAGGCAGUCUUUUAUGAUUCUCGGUAUCAUUUUAUAUGACAAUUGAGAUUGUAAUGUAUUGUGGUUUUUAUGUUAUCAAACACCUCAGAGCUUUUUCCUGUGACGUGUGGGCUAAAAUCUGUCCACAAAAAUUUUUUUUGUGUAAGCUAUGCAAGAUGUUGCAAUGUACAAAGAAGAUCAUGAUCUGCUACUUCACAGGUAAAGAGUUCUUCAGGUUUUUUCUUGAGUAUAUUUUUGUGCAAGUGGCCAAAUGCUUUAGCGAUAUUUAGAGGAUUUAUUUUUCUUUUUAUAACUCACCAUACAUUUUUCUUUUAUGUGUUUAAGUAGUAAUGGGCUAACAUUAAGAGUACCGUUCACUUAGAAUCAGCAUUUGGUAAUUUGUUUAUUCGACUCAUGACAGAGUAAGUUUUAUUUGCUAUUGCACAUAGUACAUAUAUUUUUAGAUUGCUUGCUUGCUCUAAAACCAAGAUGUAUAUAGAAACAUAUUGCAUUAUAUAAUUGUCUUUGGAUUAGAGCAAAUUAAGUGUUAGGGUAUAGAAUUUAAGAAGAGAGUUAUUCAAAAUUUUGUGUUAUAUUUGACAGACGAUCUGCCCUGAUAAAAUAUAAAUGCUUACGGUAGGUUCACUUAGGUGCCAUUUUUAUUUCACGAUAUUUGAAGUAUGAUUCAAUACAAACAACCUUUACUAUGGAAAAGAAGAAAACCCGUCAAUCGCAAAACAAUAAUUUGCUGUUGCAUAUAUUCUGAGAGGUAUAAGUAUUCAAUGUGGAACAGGAUAUUUUUACGCUUUUGAAUGAUUUUCACAGUAAAAGUAGUUUGUAGGCGUAUAGUUGGGUAGAAUCACCUCCCUAAAGUAUCGUAGAAUAAAAGGAUGUCGCUGUGUAUUUUUUUUUAUAACACCAAGUGACGGGACGAGCACGUCGCACGCUUGGUGGUAAGCGACACGCCUAUCCAUAACAGUUGCAGUGUAAUUCAGAGCUUCAAAUUGCAAAGAUCUUGGGGCACUGCAACCAUCACCUUGAAACAAGUUGACAAGUCCCACGUGACUAAUUUCACCAGCACACUUACCCUUUUAAACCGGAACGCUGUAAUGCUCACAUUAUUGCUUGGCUGCAGAAAUAGGUAAGAUGGCAGUACUUGCUUGGACAAACUCUCACAAGGAACUUUACUGCUACUAAAUACUAGACUGUUUAAUCCGUCUUGGUUCAUCUGUCUGAAAUUUAUUGAAAUGUAUAUUCUGGUCAAAUUGAAUGCGCGAACGGUUGCAAAUAAUUCGGCCCGAUUUUAUGCUUUUACUUUUAGGUGCAAUUUUUUUCAAUUUUAAGUAUAUAUUAUAGUAAAUAAUAGGGUAAAUGCUCGUCUAUGUACAUGCAAUUAAGUUUGCAUAGUUUUUUCCAAAAAAUAAUAUCAAAGUACAAAUAACUUUGAAGUGUAAUGGCAUAGAAUAACAGUAUUAAUUUAUCAUGUCCAAACUUCGGAGCUAUUCAGGUUUUGUUCUUUUUUGUUUACUUAAGUAUGGUCAUAAUGUUCUGACACAGACAUGUUCAUAUUUUCUAUAAAAACAUCUGUUAAUUUAAAUAUAUAUAGAAAUUAUUACUGUGUAAUGUUAAUAUUAACUUUACAUCUUAACUAUCCAGGUAACACUAGUAAACUAGUGACAGAACAUUACAAUAUCAAGUAAUACUAGUUAUCAAAAGGAUAUAAAAUUAUAUUGUAGUCCCAUGGAAUUUUAGGUGGCUAUGCGACCCAAUUUAAGUGGCAGGAUUGAGCUGAGAUGUAAUGCAAUUUCCGUAAAACUCGAAUAGCUCUGAACAGAUCACUAUCACGUGUCACUUACACGUAAUAUCAUUGGCUUCGUGGGUCUUCAAAAUGAUAUCGUAUCUAACGAGUCCCGACUUUAGCAUUUAGGUUAUCACCUGUAAAAUUUGCAUGCAGC